UCUAGGAGGCAGGAAAAAGAGUUCUGCUGUGCACACAUGCGUUCCUUUCUGCAGUAUCCAGCUUUCUCAUGUCUUACUAGGAACAAUUGUUCCCAUGCUCCAUAGAACACUUUGGACUUAUCAUUCCAUAUGGGUGGCUGCAGAACAGCAAUCUUGGACAACUGAGUGGGUAAAAACACCCCACUGCAGGUUUUUACCAAGACUCCUUUGCCUUCAUCCAAGAAUGGAUCCUUAGUGGCCAAAUUAUGCAGCCUGCCAUAGAAACCCACCUCAGGAGAAGGAAGGAUGGAUAUCUUUAAUGACAGCCUGAUUGACCUCAGCUCCAACAUUUCUGCCCUCCUGUGCGAACUCGACUUAGAAAAUUAUACCCUUUUCUGCAUGAACCACUCUUCUCGGCCUUUUAAAGAAUUGGACCAGACAGUUCGGAUCCUCUUAUAUUCCCUGAUUUUUUUACUCAGCGUCCUGGGGAAUACCCUGGUUAUCACGGUGCUGAUCAGAAACAAAAGGAUAAGGACAGUCACCAACUUAUUCCUGCUGUCACUGGCCAUCAGUGACCUCAUGCUGUGCUUCUUCUGCAUGCCCUUCACCCUUAUCCCCAACCUCUUACAGGAUUUCAUUUUUGGCAGCGCCAUCUGCAAAAUUGCAAGCUACUUCAUGGGUGUCUCAGUGAGUGUGUCAACUUUCAGCCUGGUGGCAAUCUCUCUUGAGAGAUACAGUGCCAUUUGCAAACCACUGCAGUCUCGGGUCUGGCAGACCAAAUCCCAUGCCUUGAAGGUAAUUGCAGCCACAUGGUGUCUGUCUUUCACCAUCAUGACGCCAUACCCAAUUUACAGCAAGCUGGUCCCUUCAGCGCUUCCUAACAGUACAGCGUCUAAGUGUCGUCUUCAUUGGCCAAGCAAAGUGAUGGAGCAGUCUUGGUACAUUUUCCAGCUCCUCAUCCUUUUCCUUAUCCCAGGGAUUGUAAUGAUGAUCGCUUAUGGAUUAAUCUCCUUGGAGCUCUAUAGAGGGAUAAAAUUUGAUGCGAGCCACAGAAAACCUUCUCGAGAAAGGAAAACUAGUGUCAGCAGCAGCAGCAGGUAUGAAGAUGGGGAUGGCUACUACUUGAAGAAGAACAAGAAACAGCAACAGAUACCCCUUCGCCAACUUUCAGCUACCAGCUCCUGCAGCAACAGCCAGAAGAUUGACCGCCCGAGGAGCAGCUCUUCCACAGCUAACCUGAUGGCCAAAAAGUUAGUGAUCCGAAUGCUGAUUGUGAUUGUGAUCUUAUUCUUCGUUUGUUGGACUCCCAUCUUCAGCGUCAACACCUGGCGGGCCUUUGACACCACCUCAGCUCACCUCCUCCUUUCAGGAGCUCCCAUCUCGUUCAUUCAUUUGCUCUCCUACACCUCUGCCUGUGUGAAUCCGAUUGUCUACUGCUUCAUGAACAAACGCUUCCGCAUGGGUUUUCUAGCAACCUUCACUUGCUGCACCAAGCAACACCUUCCAGCAGUCCGAGCAGAGAUGGGAGAGGAUGAGGAAGGAAAGACAACCAGAGCAUCUCUUUCCAGGUAUUCUUAUACCCACAUGAACAUGGCCUUUCCUCCAUGAUUUGGGGAAGGGGAGAAGAACAUUGCAACCAUUUCAACUUCUGCCAUCACCUUCAUGCAUCAAGCUCAUCUAAAAUGGUUUGGUACUUCUGCAAAGGCAGGUGGAGGUGAUAGGAGUGGGAGAUGAAUAGCAUACUCAUUGAUCAAAGGUCUCCCAUCAGAAAGGGAAGGAUUUUGGCUUUGAAUCUUAAUGGUCCUAAAUGUAUCUCAGGUAGAAACGGUCAGUGAGGUUCACCAUGAAAUUUAGUGCAGCAUAUCCACACACAUACACUGCAAAAAAGUUAGUAACAAGCAUGGUAAAUGCUCUUCUUCAAAGAUAGGAUAGGGGUUUUUUUGUCCUUUCUCUGUUGAAGAAUUCUUUGUGCAGUUGUAGGAUUCUUCCAAGGCCAUUUCAUAAACCCAGAGUUAUACUGUCAUAAUCUAUGACAAAAUAUCUAUAAGAGGAAGGAGAAAAUUUAUCCAUGGUUUUCUCUAAUUAAUUUUGCUGCUGGGCUUCAGUGCCUUUAAAUUAACUGCGCCAAAGGUAAUGCAAGACAAAGAUAAAAAAUAUAAUAGUUAUUUGGGAAAGUAAAGAGUUUUAUGUUGGGAAAUGAACAAUUAAGCCCCCAAGUACCUCACGAUAGGUUUAUCACGUUUUUCUGUGAUAAUUUAGCAUAGCUUUGAUUCAGAGCCUUGGUGGAGCAAGGAACUGAUCUGACUGUAAAUUUUUAUUAUUGUCUCCAGCCAGCAACAACAUGCGAGACCUUCUAGGUCAGAUCAAGGCUUUGCUUACCCCAGAAUCCUGUGUCAUUCUAAUGCUUUGUUUCCAGAGAAUCCACCAUCUGUACACAAAAGCAAUAGCCCUGCUUUUGGUGUUCA